AUGACCGUUGCGCGCGGGCAGGUCCGUUAUUCUAUUCCAGAGGAGAUGACAAAGGGCUCGCUGGUGGGAAAUAUCGUUCAGGAUCUCGGUUUGGAUGUAAAGAGGCUGAAAUCUGGUCGAGCGCGAAUCUUUACGGAGGACAGUCGUGAUUACAUCGGUCUGAAUGUGGAUAAAGGGACUCUGCUAGUGAAAGAGAGGAUAGAUAGAGAGGAGCUAAAAGAGAUCAACUUUCAAAUUAGCGAGUUUGCCGUUCCCGGUGCUCGCUUUUCAUUAGACAGUGCGCAUGAUCCUGAUGUUGGAUUAAAUACGCUUCAAAGUCCCAUCCCAGAGGACUCCACUCCAGGCACAGUGAUAGCGAUGCUGAACAUUAAAGAUAUAGACUCCGUUACUGAUCAGAUUUUAGACCGUGAAAAAAUGUCGGAAUAUAAUAUCACAAUAACAGCUAUUGAUGAGGGCUCACCCUCUUUCUCUAUUAAUAAAACACUGACUCUGAAAAUCUCUGAUGUCAAUGACAACGCCCCUGUGUUUCAGCCGCAUGACAUGUGCGGGACUACUGACUCAAGAAAGAGUGAUCUGAAAUUUGUCCGACCUUGUAGUCAGAGCAUCAUUAGUUUGGACGCCGGUGGAACGCAGACACUCACUAACAUUCAGGAGCGUAAACAGAUAUCCAGAGAUACAGAAAAUCAGGUCCGUUACUCCGUACCAGAGGAGAUGACACCUGGUUCUUUCGUCGGAGACAUAGUUAAAGACUUGGGUCUUGAGCUUAAAAGGCUGACAACGGGGAAAGCGCGGAUCUUUACAGCAGGUGGCCGUGAAUAUGUUGCGCUGGACCGGGAGAAAGGGCACAUCAUUAUUAAGGAGAGAAUCGACAGGGAGCUUUUGUGCGCUGGUGCUGUAUCCACGUGCAGUCUGAGCUUUGAAGUCAUCUUAGAAAAUCCCAUCGAGCUCUAUCGCAUCACCAUAGAAAUACUGGAUGUUAAUGACAACAGUCCUGCGUUUCCAAGAGGUAAUGUUACAUUGGAAAUAAGCGAGUCUGCUUCCACCGGAGCACGUUUUACUGUGGAUAGCGCAGUUGAUCCAGAUGUCGGCAUUAACAGUAUUCAGAGUUAUUCAGUUCAUCCUACUGAUCAUUUUACAUUAAAGACACAAAGUCGAUCUGGCAGCAGUAAAAACGUAGAGCUUGUUUUGCAAACACAUUUAGACAGAGAGAAACAAGAUCAUUUAUAUUUGACUGUAACUGCUACAGAUGGAGGCAACCCCAAACGCUCUGGCACGGUAAAAAUCAAUAUUAUUAUUUUAGAUAACAAUGACAAUGCUCCGAUUUUCCAAAAGGACACAUACAGAAUAUAUAUCCCUGAAAACAUUGCAAAGGGGUCGUUGUUGGUUACUGUUAAUGCAACCGAUGCUGAUAUCGCCGCAAAUGCACAAAUUGGAUAUUAUUUCGAGCACACCACACCCAAAAUCCGAGACCUGUUUUCUGUCGAUCCAUCCAGCGGUGAAAUAAGAUUGAUUGGUGAGCUUGAUUUUGAGGAGUCUGCUAUUCAUGAGUUUAAAAUCCAAGCUAAAGAUCAAGGGGGUUUAUCAGAUUCCUCUGAGGUAAUUGUGGAAGUUACAGACGUAAAUGAUAACGCACCAAAAAUGACGCUUAUGUCUUUUUCUAACAAUAUACCUGAAAAUGCACCUCUUGGAACCGUUGUGGCCAUGAUAAAUAUACAAGACAGCGAUUCUGAAGAAAAUGGAAAGAUUACCUGUUUUAUUGAUAGGGACCUUCCAUUUAAAAUCGAAUCAUCUUUGACUAAUUAUUACAGUAUCUUCACGGACUCCGAGCUAGACAGAGAAGACAUACCUGAGUAUAAUAUUACCAUCACAGCCAAAGAUAGCGGCAGUCCUUCAUUGUUUAGCAAAAAGAUUUUGAACGUAAAGAUCACUGAUGUAAAUGAUCACGCUCCGCAGUUUGAGCAGGAUUCAUAUAAUGCGUAUGUGAUGGAGAAUAAUUCGCCAUCUCUGUCUUUGUUCAGUGUUAAAGCGCACGACGCAGAUUUGGGGGCGAACGCACGCGUGUCGUACUUCAUUUCAGAUAAUGAUUUGAACGGCACACCAAUUUCGUCAUUAGUUUCUAUCAAUUCUGAAAGUGGGACUGUUUAUGCAACAAAAUCGUUUGAUUAUGAACAAUUAAAAUCUUUUACAAUCACAGUGAAAGCGCAGGACGCAGGCUCUCCUCCUCUCAGCAGCAACGUGAGCGUGAAAAUAACGAUUCAGGACCAGAAUGACAACGCGCCUCAGGUUCUGUAUCCGGUCCAGUCAGGCGCUUCUGUGGUGGCUGAAAUAGUGCCUCGUUCUGCAGAUGUGGGUUAUCUGGUGACUAAAGUGGUGGCUGUUGAUGUGGACUCUGGACAGAAUGCCUGGCUCUCAUAUAAACUGCAGAAAGCCACAGACAGGGCGCUGUUUGAAGUGGGCUUACAGAAUGGAGAAAUAAGAACUGUGCGCCAAGUGACAGAUAAAGAUGCUGUGAAACAAAGACUCACUGUUGUAGUGGAGGACAACGGGCAGCCCUCUCGAUCAGCUACAGUCAAUGUUAACGUGGCGGUGGCGGACAGCUUCCCUGAAGUGCUCUCGGAGUUCACUGACUUUACGCACGACAAGGACUACAACGACAACCUGACUUUCUAUCUGGUCUUGGCCUUGGCUGUAGUUUCGUUUCUCUUUAUCGUGUCUAUCAUCGCCAUACUGUCAGUCAAAUGCUACAGAUGGAGACGCGAGCGGAUGUUUUACAAAUCUGGAGCGAAUCUUCCAGUUAUUCCGUAUUAUCCGCCUCUUUACGCAGACGUAGGGGGCACAGGAACUUUACAGCACGUGUACAAUUAUGAGGUUUGCAGAACCACUGACUCCAGAAAGAGUGAUCUGAAGUUUUUGCAGCCCUCUAGUCAAAGUGUUUUAAACUUUGACUUGAGUGGCACAAGAACUGUGCCAAAGCAAAACAGGAAUACAGAAGAUGUUAGUGCAGAGUGGAUGUAUGAAGUUGGUUUUCCUCAAGUUCACACAGGUGUGCUAGCAGAGGAACCACAGCGUGUGCAUGUGUGUGUCCUCAUCCUGCAGCACACUGAUCCUCUGAAGGGAUUAAACAGGGUUUAUCAAGGCAAGUGA